AAAGUAAAGGAGAUAAGUAUAACCUUUGGUGGUAAACGCUACUAUUGCUUACCUAAAACAGUACUAGUCAACGCAAUAUACUUGACUAUAUUGGAGUUGAGUAAAGUGAAGUUGGAUUCUCGGUGCUCAUUUAAUUUUCCAUUGUUGAAAUCAUUGAUAAUAUUGAUGUGGUGGAUAAGCUUUUGUUGGGUUCACCUUCGCUUGAGAAAUUGCGAUUAUGUUACUGUAGAUUAAGCACUGCUCUCCACCUACGUAGUUUAAGACUCAAGUUCUUGGAGAUUAAAAUAGAUGAUGGUAUGCUGGAGCAAAUUGAAGCGGUAAACCUUGAAUCUUUGACACUAAAAGGUAUUUACUUUAACAAAAUAAAUCUCUCAGUGUGCAAGGUCAUUAGAAAUCUCACAUUAAAUUAUGAUUGGGGUAUGAAAGAGUCGUCAUCAUUAGAAUAUCUUAUUUCAAACCUUCCUCGACUUGAGAAUUUGACUUUGAACAAUUGGGGAUUGAGGCACAUUAAAAUCUCAAGUCAUCACCUGAAAAGUUUCAAGUUGAAUAAUAAUAAUUCUGAAGGACUGAACCUUAUAAUUGAAUCAGCUCCAAAAUUAAAAUCAUUUUGUUAUAGAGGUAGUAUCAAAUUUAGUAUAUCAAUGCUGGAGUCAUCCAGUUUGUUGAAUGGAACGUUCAUAAUUCAUGACGAGCAAAAGAACUAUGACGGAAAUUGGUUUAUCAAUAUGAUAAAUUUGUUUUUGAAUCUCAAUUGUUCUUGGAAUACGAUAAGCAUGCACGUUGACUCAGUUGAGGCUCUCAUUUUGCCAGAAAACUUGAAGAGAUUUUGUCGUUCUCCUUUGGUUGAUUGGGAGCAUCUUAGGGUUACUACUGAAUGUAAACCAGAAAGAGAAUCAGAGUUGAGAGAUACUCUGCUGUGGAUUUCUCCUUCUUUAAAGACAUUGUCUAUAGCGAAAAGGGGCAUCUUUUAAAAACUUUUUAUUAACAUCUUAAACUUUGAUUAUGGGUAUAGAUGAUUGUCUUCUUAGUUUUCUUUGCUACAUUAUUCCUCUUGAGAUUGUAUUUGCUUUAUAGGUAGUUUAAGACUAAUGAAUUUGAAUGCCUACUUUGCUUAAGAAUGGGAUUUGUUUUUCUUA